AUUCAAACUCUGGACAGGCAAAACCGUGGUCAGCUUUCUGAGCUCAAGUUGAAAUUAACUCGCCGUGUGAGAGAGGUGGAGAGUCUCAGUGAAAAACUACAACAGAAGCGAGCAAUGCAUAAGCGUGAAAAGGAAAAGUGGCGCUCCACCGAAAAAGAUCUCGAAUUUGUAAAGCAGAACACGGAGGAUCAAAUGAAAGCAGAGAAUCGAAUACUA